AUGUCGCGUACUGCCCACCGUUUACAAGAACAGCUGCUUCUGAGCGUGAUCCCGGCAUACAUCGCUGCAGAAGUCAAGCGCAGCAUCAUGCUCAAGAUGGCGGACGCCUGUCAGUCAUCGACCAAACGGAGCCGUCAGCGUUUCCACGAGCUCUACGUCCAGCGUCACAACAACGUCAGUAUCCUGUAUGCCGACAUCGUUAACUUCACCAGGCUUUCUGAACAACUCUCGGCUUCGGAUCUUGUGCAAGCACUCAACGAACUCUUCGGUCGCUUCGACCAAAUUGCUCAGGAAAACCACUGCAUGCGGAUCAAGAUCCUCGGCGACUGCUACUACUGCGUGUCCGGGCUUCCGGUGUCCAGACCCAGCCACGCCUACAACUGCGUUCGAAUGGGGCUCCAGAUGAUCGAGGCCAUACGGGUGGUCCGCGAGGCGACCGAGGUGAACGUGGACAUGCGCAUCGGCGUACACUCGGGCAACGUGCUCUGCGGCGUGCUGGGACUUAGGAAGUGGCAGUACGACGUCUGGUCGGAUGACGUCACGCUGGCCAACCACAUGGAGUCUGGCGGCGUGCCCGGGCGCGUGCACAUUACUCGGGCAACGUACCAGCUGCUGGACGGCAGAUUCGAGACGGAGCCCGGAAACGGGGCCCAGAGGGACCCUUACCUGGCAGAGCACCAAGUGGACACCUUUCUCAUCGCCCCGCUCAAGCCGACCGAGGCGAUUGUGGAGUCGUCGCAGGCAUCGCGCGAGAACGGCGGUCGUCUCCGGUCUACGUCCAAGAUGUACAAGCACAUGGAGUGCUGGGGCGCCGACAAGCCCUUCGCCAACAUCACCGAGAGCACGCUCGCCAAGAACGUCGGACUGACCGUGAGUAGCAUUGGAGCUUCGACCUAA